AUGCCUCUUUUAUUCAAAUCAAGCACUAGUUACUAGCAACGUGGUUUCCUCUUCUCCUUUUUCUCUCCUGUUUCCCUCUCUCUCUCUCGUGAUUCUCGAUCUAGGGUUAGGGUUUCUUCGCUACCGACAUGGCUACUACUGCGCCCACCAAGGCUGAACAAGAAUCAGAAGGUUCGAAUCAGAGCCCUGCUGACAUGACAGUAUUUGUUCAAAAUCUUCUUGUGCAGAUGCAAACAAGGUUCCAGGCCAUGUCGGAGAGCAUUGUCUCAAAAAUAGAUGAGAUGGGUACGAAGAUUGACGAAUUGGAACAGAGCAUCAAUGACCUGAAAGCCGAGAUGGGCAUGGAAUGCCCUCCUGCGAAGCCGACGCCUGAAGAAGCCAACCCUGCUAACGAUUCUGCCUAAGUUUAAUUGUUAGCUGGUCUAUGCUGAGGUGAAUGUCGCGACAGCUCCUAUUAUUUGCUCUGCUAAAGAUUCACUGCUUGAUCCUAGCGCUUCUAGGAUCAAAAUUAGUUCUUAUCAAUGUUUGUGAUGGUUUUUUCUCCCCCUUUGUUUUAGUGGCACCUCUCAGAAGGUAAUGACCCCGGAACUUGGGAGGUUUGUAGUUUCGGAUUCGAAUUUCUCACUGUUGUAUUUGUUCCUGUAGACUUUGAGACUUUUUGACAUGUUACAAACCUAAUGAGUGUGGCCUACAUUAUCUGCACCGCUUCCAAAGAAAAGAAAAAAUUACUGUAAGUCUUAAAAUAUCAGGUAAAAUUAUGUUGCUGAAUAGAUUUGAACGGUUGAAA